AUGAAUAAUAAUUCCCCAACAUCUAGUACUGACUCCUCCAAGCCUUGGAGACCAUUCGCAGCAAAUUGUUGUUCAGCAAAUGACCAAACAAUUUUGGGCAAUUUCAGCCGUUGCAGGCCAUCCAGGUCAGACUUAUCCAAGAACAUUGCUCCAUUACCAUCGUUUCGACGAUUGUCCUAUUCUGAUCUUAGUCGUUCAUCGUCCACGCGUAUCAACGAGGAUCUUGCCCAAUCUUUAGGGCCUGAUUUGUAUGAUUUCCAGCUAAGCGAGCUACGGGCCAUAACCCAGAAUUUUUCUACCAAUUUUCUGUUAGGAGAAGGUGGGUUCGGGACUGUGCAUAAAGGUUACGUGGAUGAGAAUUUGAGGCAGGGUUUGAAGCCUCAAGCCGUUGCUGUCAAGCUUUUGGACAUUGAAGGCCUCCAAGGACACCGUGAAUGGCUUGCAGAAGUAAUAUUGUUGGGGCAGCUUCGACACCCACAUUUGGUCAAAUUGAUUGGGUAUUGCUGUGAGGACGAACAACGUCUCCUUGUAUAUGAGUUCAUGCCCAGAGGAAGUUUGGAGAAUCAUUUAUUCAAAAGGAUCUCAACAUCCUUGCCGUGGGGCACCAGACUGAAGAUUGCCAUUGGAGCAGCCAAAGGGCUUGCAUUCUUGCAUGGAGCUGAGAAUCCUGUCAUAUAUCGUGACUUCAAAACUUCCAAUAUCUUGCUUGAUUCUGAUUUUACAGCCAAAUUAUCGGAUUUUGGACUUGCCAAGAUGGGGCCUGAGGGCUCAAACACGCACGUCACAACUCGCGUUAUGGGCACCUAUGGUUAUGCUGCACCAGAAUAUGUAUCAACAGGCCACUUGACAACAAAGAGUGAUGUUUACAGCUUUGGAGUAGUACUACUAGAACUGCUUACAGGAAGAAGAGCAGUGGAGAAAUCGAGGUGUAAGAAUGAGCAAAACCUUGUUGAUUGGGCUAAACCUUACUUGAGUAGCAGUCGGAGGCUGCGCUACAUUAUGGAUCAAAGACUUGGCGGCCAGUAUUCUGUUAAAGGAGCAAAAGAAAUGGCUGUUCUGGGAUUGCAAUGCAUUAGUUUGAACUCUAAAGACAGGCCAAGGAUGCCAGCCGUUAUUCAAACACUUGAAGCCCUGCAACAGUACAAGGACAUGGCAGUCUCCUGUGGUCAAUGGCCGGUCUCCUCAAAAUCCAAUAAAAAUGGAGUUUCUGUUUCUGCUGGUAACAAAUUCAGGGCACAAGGUAGAGGUGGCGUUCAGAAAAAGUCCACUUCAGCUACUCCAAAUCGGAAGGAAGGCAUCAUGAUUCAAGUCUAA